AUGCUCGGCCUUGGAGCAUAUGAGAGUAGCAGCGAGGACGAGGCCAAAGGCCGAGUCUCGUCGCCUACUUUCAAGAGUGACAGCGAUAAACAACAAAGGGAUACUAAACGCGAUAUAAAUCUUCAAGGCCCUUCCGACGUUAAGAACGAGCCGCAACCUGAAGCUACUGUUGUUGACCCCGGUCGUCCUGUACUUGGGCCACACCAGCCACAAGAUACAUCAACACUGUCGGAUAAUCAUCUGGCAUCAGGGCAGUCUUCUCCAUAUUCCGCAACCAGAGCAUUGAUCCAUGACCUCACACUGCCUCCGGUUCCUGACCUCGAUAUACCUCCCUCCCCACCUGGAUCUCCUGACCCUGCCGCGAAUACCAAGUUUUCACAUUUCCUUUCAUUGAAGAAGCAAGGUGUUCAUUUCAAUGAAAAGCUGGCAGGAUCAUCUUCUCUUAAAAACCCCAGCCUGCUCGUUAAACUGAGACAGCAUGCCGGUAUUGAUGACGCGGAGCAAUAUGCUACUUCGCUUCCUCUUGACAUAUGGGACGUUUCCUCGCUUCCGGAUUGGGGUUACAAGGAAGAAUUGGUGAAAACACAGCAGGCUACUCGUCUUAGAUUAGAAGAGAAGGCGAGAGCAUCUGGACAAAGAGACUCAAUCGAAUUCGUACCUUCGAGUACUACCCGUGAUGGGAGAUCAUCGUCUGAGAGGAGAUUCAAGACCACUAGCACAGCAGGAUAG